GGCGUUCAUCUUUAAUGCAACAUGCAGAACACCCGGGCUUUGAUCUUCAUGCUAACCUUCCAGAUCUGCUCCCUGGACACCGAAACGCCUACAGCUGGCUGCACGUUCGAAGAAGAUGGGGACUUCAACCAGUGUGACUACAGCCAAGGUGCUGAGGAUGACUUUGAAUGGGAGCUGAUCCGGAGCUACCUCAUGCCACACCUGACCUCGGAUCUUCCUCAUGGCUCCUACCUGAUGGUCAAUUCCUCCCAGCAUGCUCAGGGGCAGAAAGCGCAUAUCCUCUUCCAGACGCUGAGUGAGAAUGACACCCACUGCCUCCAGUUCAGUUACUUCAUGUACAGCCGUGAUGGCCACAGCCCCGGAACUCUGAACGUCUAUGUGAAGGUGAACGGAGGCCCUCUGGGCAGCAUGGUGUGGAACGUCUCUGGCUCCCACGGACGGCAGUGGCACCAAGUUGAGCUAGCUGUCAGCAUGUUUUGGCCCAAUGAAUAUCAGGUCCUGUUUGAAGCUGUGAUCUCUACUGAACGACGAGGCUACCUAGGAUUGGAUGACAUUCUUCUCUUGAAUUAUCCCUGUUCCAAAGCCCCUCAUUUUUCUCGCCUGGGUGAUGUGGAGGUGAAUGCUGGGCAGAAUGCCACUUUCCAGUGUGUGGCUGCUGGCAAAGCUUCCGAAGCUGAGAGGUUCCUUAUGCAGAGGCAAAAUGGAAUGAUCGUGCCAGCCGCCUCCGUGAAACACAUCAGCCACCGGAGAUUCCUGGCUUCUUUUCAGCUGGACAAGGUUUCUAAGGGAGACCAGGAUUUUUACCGCUGUGUCACGCAGUCUGGCAGGGGCUCCGGCGUCUCCAAUUUCGCAGAGCUGAUUGUGAAAGAGCCCCCCACACCCAUUGCACCUCCCCAGCUGCUGAGAGCAGGAUCGACAUACUUGAUCAUCCAGCUGAACACCAACUCCAUCAUUGGGGAUGGUCCGAUUGUCAGGAAGGAAAUUGAGUACCGUAUGACCUCUGGACCGUGGUCAGAAGUGCACGCCGUGAACAUGCAAACCUACAAGUUGUGGCACCUGGAUCCUGACACAGAAUAUGAAAUCAGUGUCCUGCUCACCCGGCCAGGGGACGGAGGAACUGGCAAACCCGGGCCUCCCCUCAUCAGCAGGACAAAGUGUGCAGAACCCAUGCGGGCCCCCAAAGGCCUCGUCUUUGCUGAGAUCCAGUCCCGGCAGCUGACUCUUCAGUGGGAACCCCUGGGCUACAACCUGACGCGCUGUCACACGUACACCGUCACGCUCUGCUAUCGCUACACCAUGGGCACUGGCCACAACCAAACCUUUCGGGAAUGCGUGAAGAUGGAGCGCAGCACCAACCGCUACACCGUCAAGAAUCUACUCCCGUACAAAAACGUCCAUGUCAAACUCAUCCUCUCCAACCCAGAGGGCCGGAAAGAAGGCAAAGAGAUGAUAUUUCAGACUGAUGAAGAUGUCCCUGGAGGCAUCGCUUCGGAGUCACUCACAUUCACCCCCCUGGAGGACAUGAUUUUCCUGAAAUGGGAGGAACCAGUGGAGCCCAAUGGCCUCAUCACUCAGUACGAGAUCAGCUACCAGAGCAUUGAAUCCUCUGACCCAGCAGUCAAUGUCCCCGGCCCGCGACGCACUGUCUCCAAGCUCCGAAACGAAACCUACCAUGUCUUCUCCAACCUUCAUCCUGGGACAACCUACCUCUUUUCAGUGCGGGCGCGAACGGGCAAGGGCUUUGGACAAACAGCACUAACAGAGAUCACUACCAACAUCUCAGCUCCCAGCUUUGAUUAUGGGGACAUGCCCUCUCCGCUAGGAGAGUCAGAGAGUACCAUCACCGUCCUGCUGAGACCAGCACAGGGCAGAGGUGCCCCAAUCAGCACAUACCAAGUCGUUGUGGAAGAAGACAGGCCCAAGAAGAUCAAGCGGGAGGUGGCUGGCCACGAGUGCUUCCCGGUGCCACUCACCUUUGAUGAUGCCAUAUCCCGGGGCUCAGUUCACUACUUUGGAGCCGAGCUUCUUCCCAGCAGCCUCACGGAAGCCAAGCCCUUCACUGUAGGGGACAACCAAACCUACAGUGGCUACUGGAAUCCACCGUUGGAGCCCAAGAAGGCCUACCUCAUCUAUUUCCAGGCCACGAGCAAUCUCAAAGGGGAAAUGAGGCUGAAUUGCAUCCGAAUAGCCCGGAAAGCUGCCUGCAAAGAGAGCAAACGUCCACUGGAAGUAUCCCAGCACUCGGAGGAGAUGGGCCUCAUUCUGGGCAUUUGCGCUGGUGGACUGGUGGUCUUGAUCAUCCUCCUAGGGGCAAUCAUCGUUGUCAUUCGGAAAGGGAGGAACUACUAUUCCUAUUCCUAUUACCCGAAACCUGUCAACAUGGCCAAAGCUACCAUUAACUACCGCAAUGAGAAGACGCACAUGAUGAGUGCGAUUGAUCGGAGCUUUACAGACCAAAGUACCCUCCAGGAGGACGAGAGGUUGGGCUUGUCCUUCAUGGAUGCACACAACUACAGCAACAGAGGUGACCAGCGCAGCAGUGUUGUCAAUGAGUCCAGCAGCUUGUUAGGGGGCUCCCCACGAAGGCAAUGUGGGCGCAAAGGCUCCCCCUAUCACACCGGGCAACUUCACCCUGCCGUCCGGGUGGCUGAUCUUCUCCAGCACAUCAACCAGAUGAAGACUGCAGAAGGCUAUGGCUUCAAACAGGAGUAUGAGAGUUUCUUUGAAGGCUGGGACGCUUCAAAGAAGAAAGAUAAAACCAAAGGGAGACAGGAUCACAUGCCUACCUAUGAUCGGCAUCGAGUUAAGCUCCAUCCACUUCUCGGUGAUCCCAACUCGGACUAUAUCAAUGCAAACUACAUCGAUAUUCGGAUAAACCGAGAAGGCUACCACAGAUCCAACCACUUCAUAGCCACACAAGGACCCAAACAGGAGAUGAUCUAUGAUUUCUGGCGGAUGGUGUGGCAGGAGCACUGUUCCAGCAUAGUGAUGAUAACAAAACUGGUGGAGGUGGGAAGGGUCAAGUGUUCCAAAUACUGGCCCGAUGACUCGGAGAUGUAUGGAGACAUUAAAAUCACCCAGGUGAAGUCAGAGACUCUGGCAGAAUAUGUCGUGAGGACAUUCACUCUAGAGAGGAGGGGGUACUCAGCAAGGCAUGAGGUCAAGCAAUUCCACUUCACAUCAUGGCCAGAACAUGGGGUGCCUUACCAUGCUACUGGACUUCUGGCGUUCAUUCGCAGGGUGAAGGCUUCAACACCUCCUGAUGCAGGACCCAUUGUUAUUCACUGCAGUGCUGGCACCGGGAGGACAGGCUGCUACAUUGUCCUGGAUGUGAUGCUGGAUAUGGCUGAGUGUGAGGGUGUUGUGGACAUUUACAAUUGCGUGAAGACACUGUGCUCGCGGAGGAUCAACAUGAUCCAAACCGAGGAGCAAUAUGUUUUCAUCCAUGAUGCUAUCUUGGAAGCCUGUCUGUGUGGAGAGACCAGCAUCCCCGUCAGUGAGUUCAGGCCCACGUACAAGGAGAUGGUCAGGAUAGAUCCGCAGAGCAACUCGUCACAGCUGCGGGAGGAGUUCCAGCAGACUCUGAAUUCCGUAACACCCCACCUGGACGUGGAGGAGUGCAGCAUUGCCCUUCUGCCUCGCAACCGGGAGAAGAAUCGCAGUAUGGAUGUGCUGCCUCCAGACCGGUGCCUCCCCUUCUUGAUCUCCAUGGAUGGAGACAGCAACAACUACAUCAACGCGGCCUUAACUGACAGCUACACAAAGAGCGCUGCCUUCAUUGUGACCUUGCACCCGCUCCAGAACACCACCACAGACUUCUGGAGGCUGGUAUAUGACUAUGGCUGCACCUCCAUCAUCAUGUUGAACCAGCUCAACCAGUCCAACUCUGCCUGGCCUUGUUUACAAUAUUGGCCUGAGCCAGGACUCCAGCAGUACGGACCCAUGGAAGUGGAAUACAUUUCCAGAUCCUCUGACGAAGAUGUUGUCGCUCGACUUUUCCGGGUGCAGAAUAUAACACGGUUACAGGAGGGGCACCUGAUGGUCCGACACUUCCAGUACCUGCGGUGGUCAGCCUACAGAGACACCCCUGAUUCCAAGAAGUCUUUCCUGCAUUUAUUAGCCCAAGUGGAGAAGUGGCAGUUGGAGUGUGGUGACGGAAGAACAAUCGUGCAUUGUUUGAAUGGGGGUGGACGGAGUGGCACCUUCUGUGCCUGCACCAUGAUCUUGGAGAUGAUCAAGUGUCACAAGCUGGUGGAUGUUUUCUUUGCUGCAAAGACCCUCCGUAACUACAAGCCAAAUAUGGUGGAGACCUUUGAACAGUACCACUUCUGCUAUGACCUAGCCCUGGAAUACCUGGAUUCACUGGAGACCAGAUAGCAUUUUGCCAAGAAUGCACAGGCAAGUGUUUGUUUCAUGUUUGGGCCAAACAUGCAUUUUGCACCCAGACUUUUGAGUAAGAACAAGAGGGAGGAGGAAAAACAAAGAAAAGAACAAAAAAAAAAAUACUAAAAGGAAACGAAUGAAAUCAAGAAGCAAAAUAUGGGGCCGUGUCAUCCACCCCCUACCUUCAUCUUUCUUCCUAGCCUCCUGCUCUAGCCUCUCUAGCUACCAGCAGAGCAGAACCUACAUGAACUCAUCCCAUGCACACAAUGAUGUGUAUAUGCCAGCCAGAAGUUGGGUACCUGUGUGUUCUUUGUAUGUGUAUGGACACUGGCUUGCAGAGAGAGCAUCGAGAUGGUUCUCUUUGUGAUUAUACCAGUCACAACCUUGGAAUGAACCAAGAUCAUAGAGACCAAGAGGAGAAGCAAGUGUCCAAGGUAUUUUGAAAUGGCACCAGGAGAUUCAGGGGAGCAGCAUGGGACUGGCUGGUGUUCCAAAAGCUAAGACGCCUUCUGAAGGGAUGAUACAAGACCUUUGGAAUCAUCAUUCUUUGGGAAUCCUGUGCCAUGUUUGGACUGAACGUGCUUAAAUGGGACCUGUACAGUUUUCACGCUCUGUUUAUAACCGUACAUUUUUUGUUUCCUGACUAAUGCCUGUCUCCAAAGAGAGUUUCCGCAUUUAUACCUGCCCAACCAUGGACAGGGACCCCUGCCUGCAGGAAAACACCAAUACCAACAAUCCUGGUGGUGAUCUCAUAGGGGGAUAGCACACCAUCUGCUUACUCAAAGGCUAAGACAUCCCGGACCAAAUUUUCCUAACUACCACCACAUCUUUGUGCCUGGGUAUGCUCCACUCCAAACUGCAGAAGAUUUGCAAUGAGCUAGCCCUUUCGAGGUGUUUUCAAGGAGGCUAUCCAAACAUUGAAGCAUCCGAAAUCCUGUCCUGGUCCUCAAAUUCUUAGCCAUUAGAGCUCACAUACACACAAUAACCAGAAAGCCAUUUAGUGGGAGUAGG